GCUCACAUCCGCUUGACUCGCUAUCGGUUGCUGGAAAAAGGACUUUGAGAAACUGCAGCGAUGUCAGUCCAGGUUGUGGCAGCGAAAAUGGCAGAGGUCGAACUCAAAGACGUCCCCACCGGCAAAGACCUGCCGGCUCAGUCCCCGGUCACUCCAACGUCGGAGGGAAAGAACCUGACCAGGAACGACCCGCACGAGGCCGGUUCCUCCGCCGCGGAGCCCUCCGGGAAAGCCGGGGACGGCAGCCUGGGGUUGCUCAAUCCAAACCCCGCGAAGAUGCCUCAAGCGUCGGCUAUGAAGCGCACGGACCCGCAGCAGAACGGCGGGGAGGCUUUUGUCAACCGCGACGGCACCGUUGCCGAGGCUCCGCGGAUGAAGAAGAUCCAGUUUGCCGACCAGAAGCAGGAGUUCAACAAGCGCCCCUCCAAGAUCGGCCGGCGCUCUCUUUCCCGCUCCAUCUCCCAGUCCUCGACAGACAGCUACAGCUCAGCGGCGUCAUACACGGACAGCUCCGACGAUGAGACGUCUCCCCGGGACAAACAGCAGAAGAACUCCAAGGGCAACGGGGACUUCUGCAUCAAGAACAUCAAGCAGGCCGACUUCGGGCGCAGAGAGAUCGAGAUCGCCGAGCAAGAGAUGCCGGCGCUGAUGGCUCUGAGGAAGCGAGCUCAGGGGGAGAAGCCCCUCGCCGGCGCCAAGGUGGUGGGCUGCACCCACAUCACCGCUCAGACUGCCGUGCUGAUGGAGACCCUGUCGGCUUUGGGAGCCCAGUGCAGAUGGGCGGCCUGCAACAUCUACUCCACCCAGAACGAAGUGGCAGCUGCUUUGGCAGAGGGAGGUUUCAGCGUGUUCGCGUGGAAGGGUGAGUCAGAGGAUGACUUCUGGUGGUGCAUCGACCGCUGUGUCAACGUCGAAGGCUGGCAGCCCAACAUGAUCUUGGAUGAUGGUGGAGACCUGACUCACUGGAUCUAUAAAAAAUAUCCCAACAUGUUCAAGAAGAUCAAGGGCAUCGUAGAGGAGAGCGUCACCGGUGUGCACAGGUUGUACCAGCUCUCCAAAGCAGGGAAGCUGUGUGUUCCAGCUAUGAACGUCAACGACUCGGUGACCAAGCAGAAGUUUGACAACCUCUACUGCUGCAGAGAGUCCAUCUUAGACGGGCUGAAGAGGACCACUGACGUCAUGUUUGGAGGCAAACAGGUGGUGGUGUGUGGAUAUGGAGAGGUUGGAAAAGGGUGCUGCGCCGCCCUCAAAGCAAUGGGCUCCAUCGUCUACGUCACAGAGAUAGACCCCAUCUGUGCCUUGCAGGCCUGCAUGGAUGGCUUCAGGCUGGUGAAACUCAACGAAGUCAUCAGACAAGUGGACAUAGUCAUCACCUGCACAGGCAAUAAGAACGUGGUGGUGAGAGAGUACCUGGACCGCAUGAAGAAUGGCUGCAUUGUCUGCAACAUGGGGCACUCCAACACUGAGAUCGACGUGGCGAGCCUGCGGACUCCUGAGCUAACCUGGGAGAGGGUGCGCUCUCAGGUGGACCACGUAAUCUGGCCUGACGGCAAGAGGAUAGUCCUGCUGGCAGAGGGCCGUCUGCUGAACCUCAGCUGUUCCACCGUGCCCACUUUCGUGCUCUCUAUCACUGCCACUACCCAGGCGCUGGCUCUGAUAGAGCUGUACAAUGCCCCCGAGGGACGCUACAAGCAGGAUGUUUACCUACUGCCCAAGAAGAUGGACGAGUAUGUGGCCAGCCUACAUCUCCCCACGUUCGACGCACAUCUGACAGAGCUGACUGACGAGCAGGCCAAGUAUCUGGGCUUGAACAAGAACGGGCCCUUCAAGCCAAACUACUAUAGGUAUUAAACCAGUCUUGGGGUUGAACCAAGGAAAUACCAAUACUACAUGAAUCGCACAGACUCAUUGAGGGAGGAGGAGGACGGAAGAAGGAAGGACGACAGAACAGUCAACACACCUGCUUUAUAUCCUGGGGAACAAGGGGGAGGAGCUCUGACUGAGCCCUGAGGGUGGGGAGGUGGAGGGGGGGGGUGGGGUUUUUCCCUGUGCUUAUGGCAGUCCUUUUAAUUUAUUCACACUCGACAACAGUAAUAAUAACGUUAACUCGGAGCUGCUCCUGCCAUCCACCACUAGCUAGCAUCCCGACACCUUCUCCUCCGGAAGCCGUUCCCUUCCACUCGUCGUUUCACCGCCAUUAUUUCCACUCAUUUUUGUGUCGAGCUGUAUGUAAAUCCUCCAUCCUCCCUCCCCAAUGCCAGAUCUUUUAUUGUUUCUCUAUUAAAGAUUAAUUUACUGACGCUAACAAGAUAUAAGUGAUAUUAAAAAAAAAAAAGAAAAAGAAAAAAAAAGAACUUCAUUAAAACAAAUCUGAGUGUAUGAAGAUGACCUUUGAAGAUUUAAUGACGGACAUUUUUUUUUGUUGUUGUCGUUUCUUUUCUACUCUUUGUGAUUUUUGUUCUCUCUUUGUUUAAUAUUAUUAUAUUUGGAAGGGGUGGGGCUAUAGUUAGUGGGAGGGGUUAGGUGGGGUCUCAGGGUCCAAUCAUAUCAACUUGUUUUAUUUGACUGAGAUUCACCGUUGUCUGUUUUUAAGAUUUUUUUUUUUUUUUAAAGACGUCCCUUCGGUUCAGCAGGUUUAGGGAUUUAUUUGUUUUUGUUUUUUUUAUUUGAAGUAUGACUGGAUGGUGACUGGUUCCUCCAAACUGUCACUCAAACUCACAGUGAGACCAUCUCAUUGGCUGCUUCUUUCUUCCUGCUGCUCACACGAUGAUGAAAACGAAAAGCCUUUUUCAUUUAGUCUUUUCCUCUUAAUGACUCUACUAGAAGCGUGGCAGGCUGUCGGAUCAUCACAAGGGUAUACUGUAUAUUUAGAUAUUUAUAUAGAAAUUUUCUAUCUUUUUCCUUUCCUGCUCCAUCCAUAGUUUCGGAAGAAAAGCAAAUAUGUCAUGCAGAUAAACGAUUAAAUGUUCUAAUGAUAAGUGUAAUAAAUGUACUGAAACUCUCAUUUUGAAAUACUGUGACAAAAUAUCGACAGAUAUACCAAAACCAGGCCGGUACUUAAGCAGAUUUCUUCUAUCAGGUCCUCAUGAACAAGUAUGGUGCUGUUCAGAUUUACUGUACUUACCGCACACAAAUAACACGACUCUUUGGUACUCGAGUGCAGUCAGAUUAUUCAGGUUUCCAUCCAAGAAACCAAAUUCUACAUCAAACCGGUGAGCACCUACAAGGGAUUUGUUCGGUUAUAAUGAGCUGCGUUCUUCGCCAUCCUCGACAGCUCCUCCCCGGCCGACCUGACGCCAGAAAUUAGAAAGUCCUGACGGUGGUUUCACCCCGGCUGCCGAGUACGCCCCCCUCCCCCCCCAUUGCUAUACCGACGCUGCCCCUGAACCGGUCAGGUUCUCUUCUCCCCUGCAGGGAGACGCCGCCAGCUCUGCUCGCAGAGUGGGAUCUAAUGCUAAAACACACAUUUACCUUGGAAAACAGAUGAAUCAUGUUACGACAAACAUCAGGCACAAACGGCACAAAAAGCUUUACAUUUUAGUUUUUUUAAUUUUUUUUUUUUUUUUGGUUUUGGUGACAACAUGACUGAACGUUAUAUCAACCAAAGUCUUUAAAGGAAAAGUUCAACAUUUUGGGAAAUCAAAUUUUUCCAUGUUUUUGUUAACAUUUUGUCAAAAAAAAAAAAAAAAUGAUCAUCUUUCCCACAAUGUCAGACUGUCCCUUUAAUUGUAAUAAUUAAAAAAAAAAUAAAAUUAAAAAAAAAAUUCAAUUUGAGAAACAUUUUUAAAUAUCAGUGUGUGGGAACCUACCGUACGCCCGUGUCACGCUAUAAAAUACCAUCCUUCACUGUGUCCUGUGUCCCAUUUCCCCCCCUGCCAGUUAUUGUGCAUUCUCCUCUUUGUGCUGUUGAGAAUCAUUUCUUGAAGUUGUGCGUCUUAAGUCUUACUUUUUCCCGCUGUGUGAAUGUGCUCUCUUGAGAGAAAGGCGAGGUGAUUAAAAGAAAAACGCCGUGUCUAAAUGUCUUUCUGUAUUUGCACACAUCCUAUUUUCUCUGUGUGUGUGUGUAUAUGUGUGUGUAGGCCAUAGUUGCUUUGUUAACAGCUGCCUCAGGAUCCUUAGCCUGUGCGUUAGGGGCGAAAAGAAACCGUUUUUUUGUAAGUUGGGAACUGACCGACAAGUGGGCGGGCCGGGGAAAGACACCAGCAAUCGUAUAUGUGUAUAUACAUACUAUAUACAGACAUGACAACCUUUAAAAGUAUAGGAAGGCAAAAGAAGAAUCGACUCCUGUAUUUAUUGUUGUAAAUCCUCAUGCAGUGCAAACUGGCAAAAUUCUCAAACAUGUUUUAAGUUGUCUAAUAAAGGAAAAAAAAAAACAACCUAUGUUUAAAUAUUGCAAGUGAUAAUGUUAGAUGAUGAGCAAUAAUUAAAAAAAAAAAUCUGUAAUCUUAAUGAAUAAAAAUGUAAAAAUUGUAA